CACCCAAUCAUGCCCUUCCCUCACUCUCAAGCUUGCAGAUCGACGUCAAGCAGACCCAAAACCAUCCCUGGCUGAUUGUCUUACAGCUGACGCAUUCGCAUUCAUUCGCCUCGGUGCGUCGUGGUCUCACAGUCUGCAAAACAGAGCCACUUUGCGCUUUUUUGUAAUGAUGGUCCAGUCUGGGUUUUAUUGAGGAUUCGGGGUCGACUUUUUAUUUUUAGUCGUGGGAUUGCGCGGCGGAGGGUUUCCAUGUGGGUUGUCUAAUUUUGGGUCUUGGCACUGUUGCUGCUGUGAGAGAUCCGAGCAGGGUCUGCACUGCGCUGCGUACCUACCCAAAUUGUCUCGUGGCUGUGAGCGCGCGUGUUCCCGUGUCUUUGCUUUGGCUGCGUUUGUCAGAGAAGGCUGCUGUCAUAGAGCCAGGAUCCGUGAGGAGGGAGGGUAGUCCAAGCCUACGCUUCAACCGGAUAUAGGAGGUUGUUUUCUUGCGCAUCGAGCUCAACCUUGCAGGCUGCUGUCAUGACGACCACCACUUACACGGAUAUGGUCACUUUGCUCAGCGACACGCUGCAAACAGACGACGGACACUCCAGAGUUUCGAAAACGAAGAUUGUUUGCACUCUGGGCCCCAAGUCAAGAGAAGUGCCGAUUCUGGAGAAGCUUUUGAGAGCGGGCAUGAACGUUGCCCGCUUCAACUUCUCCCAUGGUACGUUCGAGUAUCACCAAUACACACUGGAUAAUCUUCGGCAGGCGCAGCUGAACACGGGGAUCAUGUGCGCGGUGCUUCUUGACACAAAGGGACCGGAGAUCCGAACCGGGCAACACAAGACGGGGAAGCCUAUGAAGCUCAUCCGCGGCAAGGAGAUAUGGAUUACCACGGACUACUCUCAUUUGGGGGACGAGCAUAUGAUUUGCAUGAGCUAUCCGAAGCUGGCGGAGCACGUAUCGCCUGGGACCGAGAUUUUGUGUUCGGACGGAACCAUCACCUUCACGGUGCUAGAAUGCGACGUGGCAAGAGGAAUGGUGAGGUGCAGGUGUGAGAACACAACCAUGCUCGGGGAGAAGAAGAACGUGAAUCUGCCUGGUGUCGUGGUGGACUUGCCGACCAUUACGACGAAGGAUACUGAUGACAUUGUGCAAUGGGGCAUUCCCAACAAGAUUGAUUUCAUCGCUGCUUCAUUCGUGAGAAAAGGGGAGGACGUCAAGAAGAUCAGAGCGCUUCUUGGAAGCCACGCAAAAACGAUCCAGAUCAUCUCCAAGGUGGAGAAUCAAGAAGGAUUGGUGAACUUCGACGAUAUCCUUAGAGAAACCGACGGCAUUAUGGUAGCCAGAGGCGAUCUAGGGAUGGAGAUUCCCACCGAGAAGAUCUUCCUGGCGCAGAAGAUGAUGAUCUACAAGUGCAACUCUGCCGGAAAGCCUGUGAUCACUGCGACUCAGAUGCUGGAGUCCAUGAUCAAGUACCCUCGUCCCACUCGCGCAGAAGCCACAGACGUGGCGAAUGCUGUGCUCGAUGGCACCGACUGCGUCAUGCUCAGUGGCGAAACUGCGAAUGGCUCUUACCCUGACCUUGCAGUGGCGGUGAUGUCCCGCAUCUGCCAGGAAGCCGAGGCCUCUCUCGACUAUUCGGCCAUCUUCAAAGAGAUCAUGAAGUCGGUCCCACUGCCCAUGAGCCCGUUGGAGAGCUUGGCUUCAUCUGCAGUGCGGUGUGCGAAGAAGGUCCGAGCGUCGCUGAUCAUCGUCCUCACGCGCGGCGGCACCACCGCCAAGCUGGUGGCCAAGUACCGCCCUUCGGUACCCAUCUUGUCCGUGGCAGUGCCGGUCUUAACCACCGACAGCCUCACAUGGGAGAUCAGCGAGGAAUCUCCUGCCAGACACAGCUUGGUCUGUCGCGGCCUCCUGUCGCUGCUCGCUGAGGGGUCCGCCAAGGCCACCGACUCGGAAUCCACCGACGCUAUCCUCGGCGCGGCUCUAGAUCACGCCUUGAAGCGGAAGCUGUGCAUUGUUGGAGACUCUGUUGUUGCGAUCCACAGAAUCGGCGCCGCGUCUGUUAUCAAGAUCGUCGAGGUCAAGGAGAAGGUAGUCAAGGUGGCGGCAUGAAGACGAGGGGCGAGUGCAUCGUCUCGACUGCACCCAAAUCCGUAAUUAGUUUAUACCAAGGUUGAGCAAUUAAUACAGGAAUUAUUUUCGCCGUUUAUGGCAGCGUAUGGAUGUAUUAUAGCUCGUUUUAGUAAAUUUCUUCUGGAACAUGCUUCAACAGCGGGAACUUGUACUUUCUCCUGCUCUUCGAGGUAGGAUUUGUUGAAGCGAGUUUCGGAGUAUUGAGCGCGUCCGAAAAAUGUUGAAGAUAUGUUCGAUAGCGUGCUAACAAUCGCCACGAUGAUCUUUCAGAAGGAAAAGCAAUCGAGAAAAGACCAGUUCUUACAACCAA